AUUGUGCGGUUCUUCCACCCACAGUUAUAGGUGUGUAACAAGACACUCCUACAGAAUCAGCUUUCCCAUAGAUAAAGAAGCAAAAGUAAAAGCAGCUCACUUUAUUCACACGUCUUGUUCCGUCUCUGCGAGUGCAGUAAAAUGGCGGAAGCUGUUCUAACAGUGCAGGACCCGUUCUGCUGUCCGGUCUGCCUGGAUCUCCUGAUGGACCCAGUGACGAUUCCAUGUGGACACAGUUAUUGUCUGAAAUGUAUCAAUGGCUGGUGGGAUCAAAAAGGACUCUACGUUUGUCCCCAGUGCAGAGAGACGUUCACUCCGAGGCCUGCUCUCAAGAAAAACACCAUACUGGCUGAACUGGUUGAGGCACCGAGGAAGACGAGACUUCAAGCAGCUUGUGUUGCGGUCUCUUAUGCUCAACCUGGAGAAGUAGAGUGUGACGUCUGCACUGAGAAAAAGCACAAAGCCGUCAAGUCCUGCAUGGUGUGCCUGGCCUCGUAUUGCGAAGCUCACAUUCAGACUCACUACGACAGUCCUGCGUUAAAGAAGCACAGACUGGUCGAGGCCUCCGUGAAUCUCCAGGAGAAGAUCUGCUCUCGGCAUGGCAAGCUCCUGGAGAUUUUUUGUCACACCGAUCAGAAGUUAAUUUGUUGCUUGUGUGUAAUUGAUGAACAUAGUGGUCAUAAGACAGUCUUACCUACAGCAGAAAGAGCUGAAAGACAGAAGCAAUUGGCGGAGAUCCAGAAAGAAUCCCAGCAGAGAAUCCAACAGAGAGAGAAGAAAGUACGAGAGCUGAAACAGGAUAUGGAGUCUCUGAGGCUCUCUGCACAGGCUGCUGUUAAAGAAAGCGAGAGGCUCUUGACUGAUCUAAUUCAGUCCAUUGAGAAAAGACGCUCGGAGGUGAAGGAACUGAUCCAGGCUCAGGAGAAAGCUGAAUUGACGCUAGUUGAGGGACUUAUAGAAAACCUGGAGAAGGAGCUUGCUGAUCUGAGGAAGAGAGAUGGUGAGCUGGAGAAGCUUUCACAGACAGAUGACCACAUCCAUUUCCUCCAGAGUUUCCAGUCUUUCUGUGUCCCUCUAGCAGAAUUACCCAAGUUUAUGAUCAGACCUCAAUUUUCCACUGAGGAACUGAGGAAAGCCGUGUCUGGAGUGACGGAACAAGUGGAAAAGUUCGAUAAACUGCAAUUACUCAAAUCUGGAGGCCACAGUGCAUCGUUGGCUGAGCCAAAGACCAGAGAAGACUUUAUGAAAUAUUUCUGUCAGCUGACUCUGGAUCCAAACACGGCACACCAUCGGCUCCGUCUGUCUGAGGAGAACAGAAAAGUGACCGUGACUCGUCAGGCUCAAAACGCUCCUGCUCAUCCCGAGAGAUUUGACAUGAUACAGCAAGUUCUGUGUAAAGAGGCUCUCUCGGGGCGUUGUUACUGGGAGGUCGAGCAGGUUAGCCAGUGCAAUUCUACAAUUGCGGUCGCUUAUAAAAGCGUCAGCAGGAAAGGCCAGAGCAACGAGUCUAGCUUCGAGCAAAACGACAAGUCCUGGUGUUUCACUUGUUUUAAGUCGAAUUACUUCUUCCGACACAAUAACAAGAGCAUCGAGGUCCCUGUAGAGUCAUUCUCCUCCAGAAUAGGAGUGUAUCUGGAUCACAAGGCAGGAACACUGUCCUUCUACAGUGUCUCGGACACCGUGACUCUUCUCCACAGGGUCCAAACCACAUUCACUCAGCCCCUCUAUGCUGGCUUUCAGAUUUAUGGUUAUAAUAACUAUUUUCGAAUAUGUGGUCCUAAUCUGUAAAAGCCCGACGUGUCCAUUAUGUGCUUGCCUAAAUUGUGUAGUGUCUGAUAAAUUGCCUGUCAUAAAAUGAUGCAUAAUUCAAUGUGUAUUUUAAAUUCGAUUAAAUAUUGCACCGUGUACAUCAUGAUGUGCAUAUACAGUAUGUAUAUAAGAAUUAUACGGUUCAUUUUAUUUUGUAAUCAUGCCUGCACUUUACUAAAACUGUUCCUCAUUUCAUAAUACCCAACUACCCCAUAAUACCCAACUACCCCAUACUGCCCAUCUACUUUAAUUCCAAAGGUUCCUUCAGUUCUGUAUGGACUUGCUACUAAAUCAAGCUUCAGAAUUUCUACAUUUAAAAACCACAAGCUUGUUUUUUUUUUUUUUUCGUGCUGACUCAGAUUGAUUUGACGAGCUGACACCUCUUCGUGCCAUUUGUACACAAUAAAGCUGGAUCUGUCAAAA